AUGAGGUCCUGGAGCCCUACAAGCCCGUUGAGGUUCAGCCCACCUGCGCUGGAAUUCCAUUGGCUGGCUCAACUCCGAGCUGGGAGUCCUGAUUGGCUGAGGGGGCUGAGGCGACAAAUUCCGGAAAGGGGAAGAGCAGCCAACAUGGCGGCGGAGCUCGGCGGCUCGGGCCAGCAACUGUCGCAGGAGAUGAUGGAGGUUGACAGGCGGGUUGAGUCUGAAGAAUCAGGCGAUGAAGAAGGGAAAAAGCAGAACAGCGGUAUAGUGGCAGACCUCAGCGAGCACAGCCUGAAGGAUGGAGAGGAGCGGGGGCAAGAAGAACCAGCAGGACAAGAGCUGCCUGUGGAUAUGGAAACCAUUACCCUGGACAGAGAUGCAGAGGACAUUGACCUGAAUCACUACCGCAUUGGAAAAAUUGAAGGAUUUGAGGUUCUGAAGAAAGUGAAGACUCUCUGCCUCCGUCAGAAUCUAAUUAAGUGCAUUGAGAACCUGGAGGAGCUGCAGAGCCUUCGAGAACUGGACCUCUAUGACAACCAGAUCAAGAAGAUAGAGAAUCUAGACACACUAACAGAGCUGGAGAUUCUAGAUAUUUCUUUUAAUCUACUGAGAAACAUUGAAGGGGUGGACAAGUUGACAAAACUGAAAAAACUCUUCUUAGUCAACAAUAAAAUAAAUAAAAUUGAGAACUUGAGUAACUUAUGUCAACUGGAGAUGCUGGAGCUGGGAUCCAACCGCAUCCGGGCCAUUGAAAAUAUCGACACGUUAACCAAUUUGGACAGUUUGUUUUUGGGGAAAAACAAGAUCACUAAACUUCAGAACCUGGAUGCACUCUCCAACCUGACAGUCCUCAGUAUACAGAGCAACAGGCUGACCAAGAUGGAGGGUCUACAGAGCCUGGUGAACCUGAGAGAGCUGUACCUCAGCCACAACGGCAUCGAGGUCAUAGAAGGCCUGGAGAACAACAACAAACUCACAAUGCUGGACAUUGCGGCAAACAGAAUUAAAAAGAUUGAAAAUGUCAGCCAUCUAACAGAGCUGCUGGAAUUCUGGAUGAACGACAAUAUCCUCGAGAGCUGGAGCGACCUGGACGAGCUGAAGGGAGCCAAGAACCUGGAGACAGUGUACUUGGAGGGGAACCCCCUGCAGAAGGACCCACAGUACCGACGGAAGGUGAUGUUGGCACUGCCCAGCGUGCGGCAGAUCGAUGCCACCUUCGUCAGGUUCUGA